AAUCCUUGAGGCCUGAGGUGAGGAUGAUGGCGUUCUGUUCUUCGUGCUCACCUGCUCAAUCCCUUUCUCUCUUCUCAAAACCCUCUAAUGGCGGAAUACAUCAGGCUCGACCCUUCGCCAUUAGCUUUCGCUGUAGAGCUUCUGCUGACGUUCCCGAUUUUCUCUCGGCAGAUUGGCUUGAGUCUCGCCAGAAAAGACCUUUUGGCCCGAGACUAAGUUUUAGUGCAGAAGAAGCAGUUCAGCACCAGCUUGAUGCUUUGAAAUACAAUGACCAGCCCCGUCAAGAUUAUGGGGUGGAAGUCAUGUACCGGUUCGCUGGUUUUGAUCCUUUUGAGAGGUCCACAUAUUUUGGGCCCUUCUUUGAUUUGGGACAGUUUGAACGGUUCAGGCGAAUCUUCCACCAUUCGACCUACCGAGUUUUGCUGGGUCACAAGGAGCGGAGGAUCUUGAGCAGUUUGUGGGUGGAAGAGAACCGGUUCAAGCAACGGGUUUGGAUUCGAGGUGCCCGUCCAGAGGAAGAAGAGAUAUUCCAAUUUACAAUGAUUCAGAGGAUAGGUGGUUCAUGGGACGGUUAUUGGUUGACAGAGAGUCUGCUUCAUGACGGAGAUGGUUUUGCUGGAGGUGUAGCCUAUUGAUGUGUCAAUCCAGCUUCAAUAGACUGACUGCAUGUUGUAAUUUACGAAUGAAGAAUAAAAUCAUCUUUUUCUUUUCUUUUCUUUGGAGGGGGGAG